GCUCUGAGCUCACACGCGAGGAUGGGCUAAAGUAGCGGAAAGCUGUUGGAUCCUACCACAGAGUUACUGACUUCUCAGCUACAGACUGCAUAGCAAUCAGCGAGGGGGAGAGGCAGCCAGGGAAAGGGAGCGGAGCGCAAAGCAAGGGAGAGUGGAAGGGAGAGGGAGAAUCUGGGAACUAGAGCAAGGGGGCAGUGAAAGGCAUGGGGUGAGUAACAGCAGGGAAAGAGACAGCCAGGCAGGAGAGGGAGACCUGAAUCCAUUGCCAAGCCACAAAGUCACAUCAGUGCUCCGUGGGAUGGAUGCUCCAGGGAGCAAAGAAUUCUGAGGAGAGGCAGAGGCAGGAGGAGAACGCUGGCGUGGGCAGGGCAGAGUUAGGAGAGGAGCAGGUCGCAGUGGAGCAGGUCGUCGCUCCUCAGAGGGAAGAAAAAAAAAAACAACAAGCCAGAGGCGAGCGAGGGCUGCAGAAGAGACCUUCCUGAUUCCUCCCGUCCAGCUGAGAUAUUUCAUGGUGAGAUGGAGAAACCGGUCGCUGUCCACUUCCUCUGAUGUUGGCUCGGCUGGAGCAGGCUGCAGCCCUCGGCAGGACCCGGGCACAUGCCCAGGAGCAGUCACAAUGGCAGUGUGGGUCCCAGCUCACCAGAGGUGAAACCUGGAGCUGCCUGGUCCCAUGUGAGUGGUGCUGCAUGAGAUCCUGUGCCCUUCCAGCUCCUGUGGCCCCCUGACACCUGUUGAUAGAGUGAGCCAUGGGCAGCGUCAGAGUCAAUCGGUACAGCAUCGUCUCAACUGAAGAGGAGGGACAGAAGGUCUCUGCACUGGGCAGCAUGAACGGGCACAGCCGGAACGGGAAGGGCCACGCUCCCCGGCGGAAGCACCGCAACCGCUUUGUGAAGAAGAACGGCCAGUGCAACGUCUACUUUGCCAACCUCAGCAACAAGUCUCAGCGCUACAUGGCUGACAUCUUCACCACCUGCGUGGACACGCGCUGGCGGUACAUGCUUAUGAUCUUCUCCGCCGCCUUCCUGGUCUCCUGGCUCUUCUUUGGCUUCCUCUUCUGGUGCAUUGCUUUCUUCCAUGGUGACCUCAACGCACCGGUGGUGGGAGGUGGUCCCUCCCUCCUCAAACCCUGCAUCAUGCACGUGAACAGCUUCCUAGGGGCUUUUCUUUUCUCAGUGGAGACACAGACAACCAUUGGGUAUGGCUUUCGCUGUGUGACUGAGGAGUGCCCGCUGGCUAUCAUGGCGGUUGUGGUCCAGUCUAUUGUGGGCUGCGUUAUUGACUCUUUCAUGAUUGGCACUAUCAUGGCCAAGAUGGCAAGGCCCAAGAAGCGGGCCCAGACUCUCCUCUUCAGUCACCAUGCAGUUAUCUCAGUGCGGGAUGGCAAACUGUGCCUCAUGUGGCGGGUGGGCAACCUGAGGAGGAGCCACAUUGUGGAGGCCCAUGUCCGAGCUCAGCUCAUCAAGCCCUACAUGACAGAGGAAGGAGAAUACCUCCCGCUGGACCAGAGGGACCUAAAUGUGGGCUAUGACGUGGGCCUCGAUCGUAUAUUUUUGGUCUCCCCCAUUAUUAUCGUUCACGAGAUUGAUGAGGAGAGCCCACUUUAUGGGAUUGGCAAGGAGGAGCUGGAGACGGAGAACUUUGAGAUUGUUGUUAUCCUGGAGGGGAUGGUGGAAGCCACGGCCAUGACCACACAGGCACGAAGCUCUUACCUUGCUAGUGAAAUCCUCUGGGGUCAUCGUUUUGAGCCAGUGGUGUUUGAGGAGAAGAAUCACUACAAAGUAGAUUACUCACGCUUUCACAAGACCUAUGAAGUAGCUGGCACACCUUGCUGCUCUGCCCGGGAGCUGCAAGAGAGCAAGAUGACUAUCCUGCCUUCUCCCCCACCUCCCAGUGCCUUCUGCUAUGAGAACGAGCUGGCUCUUGUCAGCCAAGAUGAAGACGAAGAUGAUGAUGAAGUGGGCGUGGUGUUAGGGGGCAGCACCAAGGAGGAGGGAGGUGUCAUCCAAAUGAUGGAUUUUGGGAGCCACCUGGACCUGGAACGACUGCAGGCAACUCUUCCCCUAGAUACGAUCUCAUACCGCAGGGAGUCGGCCAUCUAACUCCUCCAACCUCUCCAUUUCACACCUGUUGCCCAUCAUCUCCUCCUCUAUUCUGCACCCACACGUAGCUGGAUAAGUCCCUUGACCACCAAAAAAUGCCUCCCACAACUGCUCUCAGCCUGUGAGUACACCAAGGCACAGAGCUGCUCUGAUAUAUACUCCCUUUCCCACGAAGUCAUGCUGCCUGGAAGAGGAGUAAGGCUACACUACUUCUAUGCGUGCAGUGUGAGCUAGGGCCCCUUUCCUGCCCAGAGCCAGGAGAGCAGCAUGCCUGUUUUCUUAUCUCUGGAGAAGUGACAGGAGCCCCUGCCCUCAGUGGACAGACUGGCACUCACAGCAAACCUUUCUGCUGCUGAGGCAACAGCAGACUUUGCGUCCCACCUCGACAUGAGUAGUCCCCACGGCUGUCAAGAGUCAUGACCUUCACUUGGAGAGGAGCAGCACCUAAGCACUGACCAAAUGAGGCUGGAUGGGAAAGUUUAGGACUCCUGGAGGGAGUGGAGAAGGAUAUCAAGAGAGUGCUUUACUUGCAUGUUUAUUGCUUUAUUGCACAUGACUCUUUCUUUGUACACAAACCAGAGUGAGAACUGAAAUCCAUAUUCUCCCACUGCAAAUGCCAAGCUAGGAGGCAAGGACACUCUGUAACCUAUUCUGUACUCUCCUUGGCUUUUGGCACCUGUCACCUCCAGAAGCAGCUCAGCUCCAUGGACUAAGAUCUCCAUGGACUCAGACCAAACUCUCCCAGUCCUCUCCUGAAAUCCUGGCAGAGGAGGCAGGGCCCCAUGCUUGCACACUCAGACUGCUCCCUGAUGUGGUGCGGCUGGGAUGACAGACAAGUGGCCUGACUGGACAGCAGACCCUUGAUUUUCUCCUUCCAUCUCCUCUGUUCUUCUCCCUGCUGCCAUCAGCUGUAAAAUGAAAUUUGUAACUAUUUAUUUUUAAUAAAGUCUAUUAUCCCAGGGAGAGGGUUGGAAGCAAAGGAGAGAUCCCAAGACUGCAGCCUGGUACAGAGACUUAUGACAGUUAUUAGUGUGGUGUUUGCUGCUUGUACACUGCUGGUGCCUGGAAGCUCCACCACAAGGGCUCCCUUGUUUUGGGCCUCUCUGGUAAUGACCUGUAAUAAGAGGCUCAGAGAAUUUUCUUGAGGAGAAGAUCAUAAAAAAUGCAUGAAAGAAGCAUCUGAAUUAAAAUUACCAGUAGGAUGGGUCAAGCAAUCCUGCUUGCUUUGAAGAUAAAGAGAGUUUUGCUGAGGGAAGGGUUAUAGAUACACUUGAUGAAGAGGCAGAGAUGUGUAAGGCAUUGCUGUAGAUGUAAGACUCAAAAAAAAUACAGAAACCUCAAAGCUUCUUUUUUUGAUAGAGGCAAGCAAGAUACAGGGGAAAGGAGAGAGAACAUCAGCCAGAGUUAGACCUGUAACAUCACUUUGCUGUUACUUAGAAGAUAGGGAAACCUGGUGAGCCUUUUUUCUUCAGGAGCAGCAGAAUCACCCCUUCAAGACUAGGUGACAUGAGAACAGAAAGACAAGCAGGUAAGUCAGGAAACUGCUCUGAGCACGCAACAGUUGUGCUAUGGGGAGAACGGCUGAAGAAAUUAUGUCCCAACCAACCUCUGAUGUACAAAGCAGAAAAAUAGCAUCUCAAUAUCAAAUUGGAAUUGGUUCAAGAAGCAAGAGGAAGCGGGGAAGAAGCAGAAGGGGAAGGAAGGAAAUAGCAGGAGAGGAAGAAGCGGGCACAGCAGGCAGGCGGAGGAGGAAGGGAAAAAGAAGAGGAGAAAAUGACAUAUAUGGGAGUGCAGAUGAGAAAGACCAAGGAUAGACUAACAAGAUGUGUUUAGACCCAGAUGUGGCCGUUUCUCACCCUGGCACACAGGCUUUGUGGGGACAGCUGUCCUGCACAGCUUUGUUCUGCAACCAAGCAGUGAUCUGUCUAUGGGAAGCCUUGCCAAAAGGGAAGGAUAGCAGGUGGGAGAGAAGAACAGGCAGGUGACAACUGAAUCAUAGAGCACCAGGAGAGCCGGGAGGAAAGGAAGGGGAUCACUCCUGAUGCUUCUCUUUCCUCCUAUUGGGCACAGAGUAGGGGCAGAAGCUCGUGGGUCCUGGUGACUCCUGUUUUUUUUCCCAGGUAUGAUCAUAGAAUCACAGAAUCAAACAGGUUGGAAGAGACCUCCAAGCUCAUCUAGUCCAACCUAUCACCCAGCCCUAGCCAAUCAACUAGACCAUGGCACUAAGUGCCUCAUCCAGUCUUUUUUUGAACACCUCCAGGGACAGUGACUCCAUCACCUCCCUGGGCAGCCCACUCCAAUGGCAAACCACUCUCUCUGUAAUCACUCUCUCUGAUUUGAUAUGCAGUCUUACUGUUCCAUGUGCCCCACCUCUGCCCUAUCUUUCCUCCCCAUUGCUAAUCAAUGAAGUUGCUUCCUUCUUUUAUUAUUUAUUUCUUUUCCCCAGAGGGAAUAAGCAGGGGCUGGUAUUGACCUGGCUUUUAAUACAGCUUUCAGAGCUGUGUGCCUGUCACUGGCCAUGGCAGCGGAAACAAACUAAUGGACUGAGAGAGAAGGACUCAUGUGUGAGGACACGAGCAUCCAGGGCACAGACUGUGGUGGUGGCCUCCAGGGGAGGGGGAACUUACAUGGUUGGGCUCCCCCUCACCAAAGUACAGCAUCCUUUGUAGGUGGAUGGCAGCACUGGGUGGGAAUGAAGUGCUCUUGAGAGGCUUGUCUCCAAGAAGUGAGUGUCCAGGGAAGCCAAGCAGCUGAGGUGCACCAAGGCCAUGGGCAUGCACAGCUGGUGGUGGGGGAGAGGUGUGUGUGAAGCAGCACUGCUAUUCCUUCCUUUAGAUGGCAAAACUCUUGGGAAGAAAAUUGCAAGAAGAAUGCAAUAAUGUUAAGGGAACAAGCAUCACAUAGCCACACUGGGAUCCCAACUCACUCCACAUGUUUGAAUCAUGGCAUGCUUGGCAUCAUGGUGAAGACACCAAAGCAUUGAGGAAAACCCAACUAAACCUGAUGUGCACAAUAAAACUGGGAGAAAGCUGGCAA